UAAAACUAUUUUUUUUUUUUUUAAUUUUUUUAUUAAAGUUUAAAAAAUUAAAAAAAAAAAAUGAUGAGCAAUGAAGAUAAAAAAAGAGGUAAUUUUAUAAAUUCAGCAACAGCAAAUAUAGCAGCAAAAAAUGAGGAUUAUAAUGAUAUAGACUACACUGAUUAUGAAGAGAUAACACCUGAAUCUUUAGUUCGUAGGAAUAGAACUAAAGAGUUUAAAGAUUUAAGAAAUUCAAUUCAGUUAAAUAAAAAUAUGGUAUGGGAAAAAUUAAAACCAAAAGUAAAAUUGGCUACAAUUAAUAAGAGUAAUUUAUUGAACGAUGAUAUUAGCGAAAAGAGUAAAUAUGUUCAUCAAUGUUCACUAUGCGAAACAAAAUUUGGGUUAAUUAAAAAUAAAAAGCAAAUAUGUUUAAUCUGUAAAUUAAUAGUAUGUUCAGACUGUAACUACAACCCAAUACCAUUUAAAGAAUUGAGAAUACCAUCAAAUAAUCAAAUUGUAUAUACAUGUAAGAAUUGUUUUAGUAUAAUGGAUAGUGUAUCAAAAAAAGAAAUUUUCGAAUUUGAAAGUAAGAGGGCAAUGUCAUCAUCUUUUUCACAAUUUUAUGAACAAAUGGAUUUAAAUAUGGUGGAUUUAAAGAACAAGAUGCCCAAAUUUAAAGAUAUAGUUAAUAAAAUACCAAAUAAGAACUCUCCACUAUUAGCCCAGGCAAGAGAUUUAGAAAGAGUAAUAUCCAUUCACAUUAAAGAAUUUGAAAAUGGUGUUAGGCAAUUAAAAACAUUACAAGGGUCAACCCCGAAACAGCAACAAGUUAUAUCCAAUAUGAAGCACUCUUUUGCUCUAUUUCUUCAAUCAAAUUUACCACAAUUCAAAUUUACAACCAAACAACUUCUUGAAAAGUCAUAUUUACAGCCUGAAGAACCAAGUAAACCAGUUGAUAAUAAAGCAGAUAAUAACAAUAUAAAAAACAUUAAUAUACCUUCAAACAAUAAUAAUAAUAAUAAUAACAAUAACAAUAGCAUUAAUAUUACUACAGCUAACAAUGUUCAAAAAUCACCACCACUUUUAUCAAGUUUUAUAAGUUCAUUUUCAAAUUUACUAAAACCAUCACAACCACCAGCCCAACCAUUAUCAUCAACACCCCCAAUACCAGAGUUUAAUUAUGAAGACUCAAUUGAUAGAAGUAAGAUUAUAUCAGUUGUUCCAGCCGUAUGUCCAAAGAGAGGUGGUGCAUUCAUUGCAAUCACUGGCGAAAAUUUAAAUAAACCAACGAUUACCAUCCAAAUUGGCGGUAUGUUAAUUUCACCGUUUAAACAAAAUGUAAAUGCAAUUUUAAUUUUAUCACCGUCACAAGAUGAAGAAGGCGAAGUCGAAAUUAUAAUAUCUGAUGGUCAAUAUAUUCUAUCGGAACAAAAGUUAAUAUUUACAGAUAUAGUAUUUCAAACAGAAAACGAUAUUAGCAAAGCAAAUGAUCAAGCAUUAAAUACGUUCCAAAAAUCAACUACCUCCCCAUUAUUAAAUUCUUCAGGAGAAUCAAUUGACAAUAGUAAAUUAAAUAAAAAUAAAAACAAUAAUAAUAUGAAUGGAGGUAACAACUACAGCAACAAUAGUAAUAAUAUAAAUGGAAAUCAUAAUAAUUAUGAUAAUAUUAGUAUAGGCAAUAACAGUACUCAUUCUUCACCAAAACUUAAUAGUGCAGGUAAUAGUAAUUAUUCUUCACCCAAAUUCUCACCCAGAGCUCAUCAUAGAACAGAUAGCACUGGUAGUGGACAUCAUAGAUCCGAUAGCACUGGUAGCAAUGGUAACAUUGAUAAUAUUUUAAACAAUCACGAUAGUAUAAUGAAAAACUAUCUAGGUAAUAGCAAGAUUGAGAGUUAUAGUCAAAUUGAUAAUUAUAACAAUAGUCCAAGUGAUAAAUAUUCAAUUAUGGAAAGUGAAUGGGGUUCAACAGGUGGCUCAAUUGACGAUAUCACUGUAGAAAUGGUGCAUCCACUACAAUCAUCUCUUCGUGGUGGUACCAAAAUUAGUGUACAAUUUAAAAAUCCAGUUAGACCAUAUAUUAGUAUUAAAGUUGGUGGCGUUCCGGUAUCAAUUACAGAAAGAUCCUACGAUGAAAAAAAAGUUUCUUUUUUCUCUCCUCCAAUUUUAACUCAAGGAAGAUACGAUAUUGAAUUUCAACAAGAUUCAAAAGUUUUAAAUUUAGAAAAUAUAAUAACCUAUGAAAGACCACUACCCAUUGACGAUGACAAUAUUAGAGUAAUAAAUAAUAGAUUAACAAGUCAACAAUUUAAACCCUCAAGAACCCUAGGUGGUAAUAAAAAAUUUUAAAAAAAAACUAUAUAAUAAAACAAUAUACUAUUUAUUUAUU